AUGACAUCCACUAGCGACGAGAAACCGCUUCCCUUUCUCGCUCAAUUUCUAGUUGAUCUUUUUGGUAAUGGAGGUCACGUUCCAGGCGAUACGCUUGACAAUGCAGCCAAUGAUGUGAUGCUAAGCACACAGCUCGUUGUUGCGACAACCAUUGGUUUGAGUUGCUUCCUCAUAUUUUGCUGGGUGCGGCCGCGUUGGAACACACUAUUUGCGCCACGACUUAGGCUCCAUGGCUAUACUCCGACCCCGCUCCCGCCAACUUUCUUUGGAUGGAUUAAGCCACUGCUCAGCAUUCCCGAAAACGAAAUACUUGAUAAAGUCGGAUUCGAUGCGGCUGUGUUUCUCGGUUUCUUCCGAUUAUCAUUCAAACUGUACCUUUUCUGCGCUAUAGCUGCUGGAUUUAUUCGAAUUCCAAUCUGGAUAUAUAUGCACAUUUACAGAUUUAAACCAGAGGAUCCAGGACAGACACCGCAAGAAGGCGGGGGCAUUGGUAUUCCAUAUCCGAAUGACCCUGUCUUACUAGAAACCGAGCCAUAUGUACUCGUCUUAUCAUACGCUCUCCUCACAUGGAUCGUUUCGAUUGCUGUCUAUGUCUUUGUCUACUACAACUACAAAUCGUUUUCAUAUGCCCGUCAAAGAUAUUAUUUGAAAUUAAGAAACACGGUUGUUGCAAGAACUGUUAUGGUUACUUCCAUUCCGAAAGAACUCCAAGAUGAUGCAAAACUCGCCAAAUACUAUGAAUCCCUUGGUAUUGGCGAAGUAGAGAGUGCUGUCGUAUAUAAACACGUUCGUCGAUUGAGAAAUGCUAUUCAGCAGCGUACUAAACAAUUAAGGAAAACUGAAGGAGCCUAUACGAAAUGGUUAGGCAACCCGUGCACCGAUGAAAGUUACAAUCCUGAAGCGUUGUUGAAAGAGGCUGAACACAAGACUUCGACUAAUCCUCAAGAUGAUCCUGAGGCUGGAGCCAUCGAUCCUAAUACGAAUAACCUCAAGCAAGAGAGGCCGACUGUCAGAACUGGAUUCUUGGGUCUUUUCGGGGAGAAGGUUGACUCUAUUGACUAUUAUAGUGCCCAGUUCCAAUACUAUGAUGAUCUUGUUAAACAAGGAAGGCGAAGUGCAUAUAUUCCAACUUCCGUCGGAUUUGUUACCUUCGCUAAUAUGUCUAGUGCGCAAAUUGCCGCUCAAACACUUAUUUAUCCAAAGCCUUUCUAUUGCCAUGCUGUGCUUGCCCCCGAGCCUCGCGACAUCCACUGGGAUAACCUCAAUUUCCGUAAACGGGAGACCGUUGUACGCGAAGUACUAGUUCAAAUUGUUGUUCUAUUGAUCAUUUUCUUCUGGGCCAUUCCUUUAACGUCGUUGGCUGCACUUUUGGAUUUGAACACUUUGGAAAAAUAUUUCCCAUGGCUAGCUCAAUUAGCUGAUAAAAACGAAAUUAUCAAAGGUUUUAUUCAGGGUACCUUGCCCACGUUGGCGGUCACCUUAUUCAAUGCCAUGUUACCACUUACUAUGAUAUAUUUGAGCAGAAUUCAGGGACUGCAAGCUCGCAGUUACAUUGAAUUGUCCGCUGUUUCAAAAUACUUCUUCUUCUUGUUGGUGAACGUCCUCCUCGUUUUCACUGUUGCUGGAACUGUGUCUAUCUCUAUCGAUGACAUCCUGACAGAACCCAGAAAGAUAGGUCCAAUUCUUGCUAGCACGUUACCAGAGGUCGCACCAUUCUUUGUAAACGUUGUUAUUCUCCAAGGCAUCGGAAUGUUCCCUGUCGAAUUGGCUCAAUUUAAAGAAAUUAUUCCUGCAUGGUUUAUGCGUUUGUUCAUGGCAAAAACACCUCGUGAUUACGCCGAAGCUAGCACACCUCCUAUAAUGAAGUUUUAUGAAAUAUACCCUGAAGUCGUGUUUAUAUUUAUCGUUUGCCUGGUAUACUCAGCCAUAUAUCCUUCUAUUCUGUUCUUUGGUGCUAUUUACUUUUGGAUUGGAUACUUCUGUUACAAAUACUUGCUGUUGUAUGUUUACUUCCAACCUUAUGAAUCGGCUGGACAAGCAUGGUCGCUGAUAUUCCAUCGUAUCAUUAUCGGUCUUUACAUUUUUCAAAUAAUGAUGAUAGGCUUCCUUAGUCUUCGCAAUGACUACGUUCUUGCUGGACUCCUUGCGCCGCUGCUAUUCAUAACAGCAAUUUACGCAAGUAUUGUAACUUAUGCAUUUCACAGAUUUACAAGCAGCAUCCCUAUUCAACUUAUUCGUGACGCAGAAGCCAAAGAUGCUAAAGUGAAAAAGCAUACGCCCGAAAGUGGACAGGGUAAUGGGAAAGCUACAGCCUCGUCAGAGAAUGACAAUGAUGAUAGUUCAGAGCAAGCGUUUUGUCCUAAGGGCAUACUUGAUGAUGAUUUAUACCACGCAGUUCCUGAUCUCUAUACCGAUUACUCUCAACCACCAAUGACAUUGGUUCCUGGAAUUUUGAACACUGGCAUGAGGAGAUACGGACCUCCUGCCCUGAUUGGGGCGCUCCCGUGGUUAUGGCUACCAGUGAAAAGAUCUAAAGCCGAGGUGGAUAGCACUCCUGGAUUCUAUCGCGCUUUACUGGGCAUGAAUCGAAAGGGCGAUAAAGCAAUGCAGUCUGAUGAAGAAAACGCCGGUGAAGAAACAAGUGCACGGCAAAGGCUAUUUGAUAAAUGGCAUACUUUCACUUUUCGCCGCCGUUAUGAACCCCAACAGGCAGCCGAUGAGCGCAUUCAACAAGAGCAAGCAGCUGCAGAUAGCGAUCCUAAUAAUCCUCACAGGAUCUACUUUCUUCAUCCUGAGCGUCCUAAACCAAAUAGUGAAUCAAUUACGCUGCAACCCGUGCCAGAUAUUGCUCCGAACGCUCAAUCAAAUGAUCAACCAUCUACUUCUACCGGGGCUGGGCCAGCUACAGCAGUUGAAAAUGAUAAUCAACCGCGGUCCCGUGAUGUUGAGUCUUCGCCUAAGCCUAGGCCUUUGAGUGUAACUUUUGAAGAUUGGGCUACAGAUGUCUUUGUAGACCCGCAAGCCUCGAAUGACAAUUAG